CACUUCCCUCUACCGGGUGGUCAACCGUGGGUAUUAUGUCCCAAACGAAUUGCCGUAGAUUAGCCGUAAACUGUCGCCGCCUUCAGUCGCCAUUUCUGUUGCUGUUGCAGAGGUCACAAAUAAACCUGCCAGUAUGGGAGGUGACCACGGCCAUAGUAAAAUAGCACUGCCAGACUGGCGUCAGUGGAAAAUUGAUGGAACACCGUUGGAGCUUACGCACAGGAGGUUAAAAGCCAAUAACUUGAAGGACCCAUGGUUACGGAAUGAGGCGUGGAGGUUUUCGGGUCAAUUUUCCCGUUUUGCGACAGUGCCGAUGAUACUGUUUAAGGGAUUCAAGUGGGGCUUUGCUGCUUUUGCUGUUCGCCUUGCCGUGGAGUACACAUUCUUGCAACCAAAGAAGGGUGAACAUUAAUUUCUGUAGUUGUUCUCUGAAACCAGGCUGAAGAGUUUCCAUUACUGACAACACUGUAUGUUGUUUUCGGGAAUAUUAAAUUGUCAAAUCUCGGUUGAAAAGUUGACGUCCAGAAGAAAGUACAACACAGUAUUGUGAUAAAUAAAUUUCCAAGAGACAGUUAA